AUGGAGACAGUAAAGAUGAGCUUUAAAAGCUAUUUUAUCAUCCUACUUAUGGUGUGUUCAAGGAAACUCUUUGCAGAAGAUACACCUUGUGAUUUACCACAGAUAGAAAAUGGAAACCUUCCCCAGUACUAUUACAGUUUCAAAAAUUACUAUUUCCCUAUGCAUAAAGGAAAAAAGCUCUCCUAUUCUUGUGUGGUUGGUUACACAACUGAAAGUGGGACUCAAGAUGGAAGAAUAACUUGUACAGCAAAAGGAUGGGCUCCAGUGCCUCGAUGCUACAGAAAAUGCACCAAGCCUCUUUUGGAAAAUGGCUCUUUUUACAGCACAGAAAUGGACUUCAAAAUCCAUGAGAAACUGCAAUACAAAUGUAAUCCAGGCUACCUCACCCCAAGUGGUGCUGCUGAAGAUACAGUGCAGUGUCAGCCACAAGGAUGGUCCUCCCAGCCAAGCUGUACUAACACACUUGAGUCGUGCGGGAUGCCGCGGCUGAGCCGGGCGGCGCGGGAGGUGCGGCCCAACGGGCCCCUGCGGGAGCGCUGCCAGCCGGGCCCGCGCACAGCCCCCGGGAGCGCUGCCGGUACGUCCCCAGCCCCGCAACUCCUCCGCUGACACUACAAAUCACCUGCUGCUUUCUGCUGCUGCUGCUUUCACCGCUGUGUUUUCUUCCCAGGGAUCACUUGCUCCGCUUUGAGUGAAGUAGCUCACGGAGGUUUCUAUCCUGUGAAGAAAACUUAUGAAGAAGGAGAUGUAGUUCACUUUUUCUGUGACAAACAUUAUUCUGUCACUGGAUUUGACUUAAUUCAGUGCUAUAAUUUUGGGUGGUAUCCAGACCCUCCAGUGUGUGAAGAUGUAAAAAAUAAAUGUCCUCCACCACCACUCCCUCAUGGCCAUUCCAGCACAGCCAGAAGAACAUUUCGUAAUGGAGACAAAGUUAUUGUACAGUGUACCUUGGGAAGGAGAGGAUCUGAGGAAAUCCAGUGUGAAGGAGGAAAAUGGACAUCACCCUCUAUCUGUAUUGAAGCUGUGGAUAACCAGGAAUCUGGGACAGCACCACCACCACUUGAGGCAGAUGCAGAAACAAAGGCAAACCAAACACAUCACAAUGAAGAUGAUAUGAAAAUGCAGCAAGACUGUGCAUCUCCACCUGUGAUUAAAAAUGGUGCUGUCCUGGGCCCAGUACUGGCAAGUUACAAAAAUGGUUCCUGGGUAGAAUAUGUUUGUCAGCAUUACCACUUUUUGGAUGGGCCCAGCACUGUUUAUUGUCACCAAGGAAACUGGACAGAACAACCAACCUGCUUAGAACCGUGUACUCUGAAUGUAACUGAUAUGGACAGCAACAACUUAACAUUGAAAUGGAGACGGGAAGAAUUAGUUUUCCUCCAUGGAGAUCUCAUAGAGUUUGAAUGUAAACAGGGAUAUAGUUUUCUCCAGACUGCCAUUCCAUCUCCUGGGAGGACACAGUGUAACCAAGGCAGACUGAAUUAUCCAAAAUGUGUUAUUCAAGCUGCUACAGAAAAAUGUGGCUCUCCACCCUCUAUUGCAAAUGGAGCUCUGACUGUCCCAGCACUGCCCCAGUAUGAUAGUGGCUCUUCAGUUCAGUAUAUUUGCUCUGACUAUCAUUUUUUGCAAGGCUCUGAGAGAAUCUACUGCUCUGAAGGACAAUGGACCUCACCUCCAGUUUGUAUAGAGCCGUGUACUUUGUCAAAAACUGAAAUGGAGAAAAAUAAUGUGCUGCUGCAAGCAUUCUAUGCAGACCAAGUUUACUUUUACCAUGGGGAUUAUGUUGGAUUUUACUGCAAACAGAACCAUUUUGGAGCAGAAUCUGGCACAACUUUAUUUCAAGUACAGUGUGAGAGAGGACAGCUGGCAUAUCCAAGGUGUGUUGAAAGAGAAAUGCAAGUAUGGACUUGA